AUGGAUCAGAGAGCUCGGCUCGAGCAGCGCUUGCUGGGGCCCUCUGGGCGCCAGCAUCUCAACGAGAUCUCGGACCUCUUUGCCUUGUGCGAGUCGGAAGACCUUCGCCUUGUGGCCGCGUCACUGUCCAGCGUGGCCAAAGUUCUAGCGCACCACCGAAAGCUGACGGUGGAGCUUGCCGGAGAAACUGAUGAAAGUGCUGAGCAGGAGCUCGUGAAAUGGCUUCGUCAACACGGUGAGGCCUUGCGAUCGCUCUUGCUGCUGCUGGCCGCCUCUGGCCAGACUCGCGCUCAGGUUUGUGCGAUACGACUGUCGGCCUCGAUUCUACGGGACGAGGCCCUGGAAGUCAGCCUGUCGACCAAGAUGCCCGGUGAGGAGCUUGCGCGGCUUUUUGGGCUUGCCCGGCCGGAGCAUCAGAUCCAGACGCUGCUUACCGAACUGCUUCUGGCGCCGAGGUGGAAUGCCCAAGUUGCAGACUGCCUGAUGUCAGAAUACGCGCGGGAAUAUGUGGACUUCCGGCACUACAUCUUGAGCCACUUGCGCAGUUGCGCAGAGCAGGCGGGCAAAGUCAGCCUCGAACCCAGUGGCAAGGUGCCAGAAGAGACAACCAUGGUGGACAAGGAGGAGGAGCCGGCCAGGAAACGCAAGCGGCUGCACGGGCCCUUCGCGGAGGCCGCUUUCCAGAAAGGCCGCACUGCCGAUGAGCUCUUUGAGAGGCUGCUCGCCCUGCUGAAAGAGGCGCCGGAGCCGGAUCCCGUGAAAGCCCAGGAUGGCGAGGUUGAAGUGCACGGAGAGCUUUUAUUGGCCACAAGCAGGCACUCGCCCGGGACGGCCAAGUUGUCUAACAUCACAGCCGAGUCGGUGUGCGAAAAGUAG